AUGGAAAAGCUCCAGGCUUAUAGAUUGGGCACUGAAUGCUUUUUACAGGGAGAAGAUCUCAUCUCCGGAAACACCAUUCCUGGUGAUGAGAUUCUUGGCAAUGAGAACCUGGUAAGAUUGCUCCAGAUAGAGACAGAACUCAUGGAUUUUGCUUCCAUUAGUCAGGAUUCAGUGAGUGCCAGUCCCGGAAGUUCCCCGGAAAAAGAACUGAUGAGUCCUGGAAUGGUUCAAGCAACACAAGGCAGUGAGUUGGUUGAAGACAGCAGUGUAAUUGAUCUUUUGGUGAUGGGAGCUGAAGCUGUUGAAGCACGAAAUUGGGUUCUGUCUUUAGCCAUUGUUGCAAAGCUCAACUGUCUUUUGAAUGAUGGAGAAAAUGGCGAUAACCCUUUUAAUAGGUUGGCUUUGUUCUUCACUCAGGGUCUGUUUCAUAGGAGCAUAGAUGCUCCUGAAAUGUUCCGGGAGACUGUUACUAGACAGGCAGACAUUUUGCCUAUCUUUCACGUACUCCAGGAACUCUCCCCUUAUGUAAAAUUUGCUCACUUCACAGCCAACCAAGCAAUCCUAGAAGCCACAGAGGGUGACCAAGAGAUUCAUGUCAUUGAUUUCGAUAUCAUGGAGGGGAUUCAAUGGCCGCCUUUGAUGGCUGAUCUUGCAGCAAGAAAGAAUGUUGUUUCUCUCAGAGUAACAGCCACCAUAACUGACCAGAAAAAUCUAAUCUCUGUUCAGCAAACAGGAAGAAGGCUCAAAGAAUUUGCAGAUUCAAUCCAUUUUCCAUUCGUAAUUGACCAUUUGGUGAUAGUGAGUGACAACGAUUUUGAAUCAAUCAACACUGGCCAUACCCUGAUAGCCAAUUGCAUGAUGCAUCAACUUCACAUACCGAAAAGAAAUUUAUCCCAGGUGAAAACUUUCAUAGAUGGUGUAACAAAACUCUCACCAAAAAUCCUCAUUUUAGUAGAGGAAGAACUUUUCAGGUUUACAAGAACUCCAUCGAUGUCAUUUGUAGAGUUUUUCUGUGAGGCCCUUCACCAUUACACAGCUCUUUCUGAUUCCCUUGUGAGCAGUUUUUGCAAGAACCGUGAAGCAGGAUUAAGACAGAUAGAAAAGGAGUUUAUAGGGAUCAGAAUUCUUGACACUUUGGGCCAAUUUCCUUCUGCAAAUGAAGAGAAAAGGCAAUGGGGAAAAGGGUUUGAUUGUUUAAGAGCAUUCAAGCCAAUAACUUUGAGUUUUUGCAACAUUUCCCAAGCCAAGUCCUUGGUGAGUCUCUUCAGAGGAGGCUAUUGGGUGCAAAAUGAGAAGUGGAAGCUUACUCUGUACUGGAAGUCUAUGCCUUUGACCACAGCUUCCAUUUGGGUGCCAAUUUCAACAUCAAGGUGA